AUGGGACUUCUGUUGGACUAUGACCAAGGGUUUUCUGAUGCUGGUGCUGUGAUGGAUGCACUUGUGUCCCACGCCCCUGGUCUGGGGGGGGGGGCGUUUCGUCAGGGCUUAUUUCGCUUUCAUUUAAGAUGUCGGCAGGGACAAAAUCUCUUCCACCAGCAAUUGCUCUUUGUCUUGUUGUGUCCCAAGAUGACGGUUACGGAGGACGAUAAUCGCGGUCCCAAGAUCCUUGGGGUCUUGUGGGCUUUGACCGGCUUAACAACGUUCAUUGUGGCAGCAAGGAUGGUGAUUCGGGGAAAGUUACUGAAAAACUUUGGCCCGGAUGAUUGGUUGAUUGCCGCGUCCAUGUGUAUGGGUUUGGCUUACUGCGGCGUCACCACGGCCAAUGUGAUCAUUGGCUAUGGUAAGCACGCUGUCUUUCUAGACCAGCAUACCCUCGAGACGGCGACUCUGCUCAAUACCAUUAGCUUCCUCUUUGGCAUUCUCUCCUUCACCCUGCCCAAGCUGGCUGUCAGUGCCAUGCUGAACCGGAUCCUCAAUCCAAGCCUUCCCCAUCGCAUCGCGCUCUGGUUCUUAACCGGAUUCGCGGCCGUGGUAUCUGUUAUUUGCAUCCUUAUCCUGUUCACCAUGUGUGAUCCACCAAAAGCGCUAUGGCAAACGCAUCUGGUCAUGGAAGGAGUGGCAACAUGCAAAGAUGUCUGGAUGUUGAUCGACUAUGCCAUUUUCACUGGAGCGCUCUCAGCUUUGGUCGAUCUCUAUUUAGCUAUUUACCCCACGACCGUCCUUUUGAAUCUGCAUAUGUCGCUGCGAAAACGUCUGGCCCUGUCCGCAGCACUAGGUCUGGGAUCCAUUGCUUCUGCAAUGGCAAUUAUCAAAUGCACGCAGCUCAAGGGCUUGGCCGAUGAAUCUGACUAUACCUAUGGAACGGCAGAUCUCGUCAUGUGGACCAACAUCGAGUCCAACGUCGUUAUCGUCGCCUCCUGCAUUCCCACCCUCCAGCCCAUUCUUGAACUCAUCCUUGGCAAGCGCUCGCUCGGAUCGUAUAGCAACAACUCCAGUCGCCAAAAGAAUAGUAAAUAUAUGCACUCGACAUCCUACGCACGCAGUCGUCGAUCGAUGGUCCGCAAGCCAGAGCCGACCAUCACUGAUGUCGAGAGUCAGGAGAGUAUCCUCCAUGCCGAGGACGACCAACACCGCGAUGCGCAUCCGCUGGGACAGAUUCGACGGACAGACAAUGUGACGGUAGAAUAUGAGACGAGAGCAAAUGAUUCGGACAGAAGACCAUCGUGGUAG